CUUGGGACACUGCAUUCGUAUUUGAAGACAUUGACGAUAUUUUGAAUGCCCUUGAGAGUAUGCUCAAUGAGGUUCUCGAUCAGCAUUUGCCCUGGAAAAACAGGCGAGUAAAGAGGCAAAACCAGCCCCCUUGGAUGAAUGAUGAAAUUAUGGAUUUGAUACGUCAACGAGAUGAUCUGCUGAAAACAGCCCGUUGUACAAACCUUUCAAUCGACUGGUCUUUGUACACUCGUGCAAAAUGCAAAACGUCAAAUUUGAUAAAGUAUGCAAAACGAUGUUUCUUCCAGGAAACAAUAGAUAAGAACAAAGGGAACCCCAAAGGAAUCUGGAGGGCGCUUAAGACUUUAAGCGGUGUUAAGAAUGACCCAAUUUCUAUCAGACAAUUAAUUACGGUAAAUGGCGUCGUAACAGAUAAACAAGAAAUUGCUGAAAAUAUGAAUGACGCUUUUAUCAACAUUGCUUCACAGAUUACCCCUGACAGUCAGCACGUCGCAGACUUAGUUUUUGAUGAUCUGGCUCUCUACGAAUUUGUAAAGUCAAAGUCAGGCAAUCAAUCCUUUGAAAUACCACCUAUUACUGAGACGCAAAUGCUUGAUCUCAUUAAAAAGAUCCCUUCAAGUAAGGCAAUUGGAUGUGACGGCCUUAGUGCGAAGGUGCUUAAGUUAGCGGCAUCUGUUCUGGUCCACCCCCUUUGUCGCCUUAUGAAUCUUUCCAUCUCCACUGGAUGUUUCCCUUCGUCAUGGAAAACCGCUCAAAUUACUCCCUUAUUUAAAAGUGGCUCUCGUGAAGACACAAGCAACUAUCGACCAAUUUCUGUAUUACCCGUUCUUUCUAAGAUCCUUGAACGACACGUUGCAACAUCUCUCCGCAAACACCUGCACAGCUAUGAUUUGCUAUACAACCUCCAGUCAGCUUUUCGUCCUAAUCACUCCACGGAAACGGCACUGAUUAAAUUAACUGAUGAACUGCUCUUUAAUAUGGAUAAUAAUAUGGUAACUGGCUUAGCUUUUGUCGAUUUUAGAAAGGCUUUCGACGUGAUAAAUCACGAGCUUUUACUUAAGAAGCUAUCUAUUUAUGGAUCAAACGAUAUAUCAUUAAAGUGGUUUGGGUCAUAUCUCACUGGAAGAAAACAAUAUGUGCGUGUCUUCAAAGAAGCUUUCUCAAAAGUCGUCCAAUCUCCUGAAUUUUUCGACAAAUUGUCCAAGAAUGACAAGAAAGAAUGGAAAGACGAAUUCAAAGAGGAUGUCGCAGCUUAUUUCAACCGCUCUCUUGUUACCAAGAUUGGAAAUGCGACUGUAAAAAUGCUACGGUUUGUUUAA